AUGCACUCGCCCGGUAUGGGACGUCAGACGCUGGACUCUCUGUACCCUCAGGCGCGUAAGCUGCAGUUUGAGCUGAAUAUGCAGAUGAGCUACUUGGAAUCUGGUCGCACAGGUGGCAAGACGGACGCAGAACUGCAGGCCGAAGCUCGGGGGAACUUGAACACGCUGGAGCAAUUACUAUGGCAAUUAGACUCGCUUGUACAGAGGAGUAUUCAGCCUACUGAUAAGGACACGUGGAUUAAAAAGCUGCAACAAUUAAGAAGUGAGACUUUUGCAUUGGGCAGUACAUUGGAGCAACAUAUUUAUAGCGUCAGUCGGCGAGCGAUGGAGGCGAGAGAGAGAGAGAGUCUCAUGAGCAGACGCAAUGCUGGCUUUGACAGUGGCAAUGGGGCCAUGUACGCUGCACAGGAGUCGGAAAGUCUACAGCGAUCUUCACAGAUGGUCUCAGAUUUGACAAGUCUGUCACAGUCAAUACUUGGAGAUUUGGGAGAACAACGUAAUCGAAUGAAGAAUGUACGCACAAAGCUGCUGGAUAUUGCGAAUAGACUAGGUCUGUCUAGUUCGCUGCUGCGGGUGAUCGAGCGGCGAGACACCGUAGACUUUUGGAUUGUAAUGGGCGGCAUGGUCUUUACGCUCGUGUUUCUAUACGUGUGUUACGCGUAUGUGACCUAA